AUGCUGCGGCGCACCGGCGUCUCGCGUUACUUUGGCAAAGUGCUCUACGGGCCCUCGUCGACUCUCCCCGGCGACUUUUUUCACUGCUGUACGGCGCACUUCGGCAUGCACCUACACGAGGAAACCUUCAUCGGCACUCGCUCGUCGCAGCACCGCGGACUGUUCCUCUCCCAAUCGCGCACCACCCCGCUGCCGGCCAACACGCCGCUCGCCACCAUCCCUCUCUCAAGACUCCUGACCGUGUCGAAUAUCUCGGCCAAACCGAAUGCUCUGCCGCAUGUGACGCUGGCGAAGGUGCGCGACGCCAUCACAGACGACGAGUUUCGCAUAAUGGCCCCGCAGUUCUACCUGGGGCUGCAGAUGAGCGCCAUCAUCGCUGCGACACCGGACAUCACGCGCGCAAACACGGCCGUGGAGGUGAGCAACAUAACGGACCUGCUGCGCGCCGGCGUCACGCCGUAUGCCCGCAUGCUGGACGACGAAGACUUCAACGAGGAGUUCGUGUUCGGCAUGUAUGGCAUGGCCCUCGACUCGUGGCAGCGCGCGAGCUACGAAGAGAUGACCAAGAAGUACCACCUCGCCCUGACGGCCAUCCACGAGGCCAUCAACCCGCCCUUCAAGCUCGAGCACUUUCAGCGCAUCACGCGGCUCGUGCUGGCGAGGGCUGAGCAUGUGCCACCACCCGAUUACUACAACGGGCACCUCUUUCUCCGGCGACUGCGGCGUCGGUGGCGACGGCUGAGGAAGAUACCGGAACCGACGGAGGUGGCCCUGGUGCCAUACUUGGACCUUGUGAAUCACAGCAACCGCCCGAACUGCACCAUUCGCAUUGGUCCCUCCUCCGUGCUCGGUGGUGAGGUUGCCAUCACUCUCUUCACGCUGCGCGACGUGCUGCCCGGGCAGGAGCUGUGUCGUCACUACAACUUUGCGUUGAACCGGGCAAGCGCGCUCUUUCGCUACGGCUUCUUGCCGUUCGACCUCAUCUCCAUCGUUGAACACGAUGCCGUCGACGAGCACGUCAUGAAGUCGCGGGACAUGUUCCGGGCGAAGUCGGAGGAGCAGCUGGAACAACAGCGGCGGGAGGCCAAGGAGGUGGCGCGGCUGGAGAAAUUGUUCCAAGAUGCGAAGCAGGGCCACAGCAGCAGCGGCGCAGCUGCCAGCACACCGCCUGGCAGGCAGCCCGAUCCCAGCCUGGGCGAUCGUGUCUCGUGA